AUGUCAAGGACCGCCACUGCGCUUACCUUCCCACGCUUCAUCGUCGUUGAGCCAAAAGAGGCCGACUGCUUGUUACAGAGUGCUGUGAAUGGAGAAGCACGUCAAUCCGAGGGAUCAUUGCAUACCAUCAUGGCUGGACUGGCGUGUCGUGCACCAUCCCCUGCUGCUUGGAAGCUGCUCACUUGGCUAGCCAGUGACUUCGUUGCAGUACCCGAUUCAGUGACGGUGGAUGGAAUGAGGGCUUUGGCAAAUGCAAACGAGGGCGAUAUUCCAGUUAUCUGUGGAGAGUCGUCAGCAGCAAGCUUGGGUGUCGUGUUGGUAUCAGCAACAGAAGCUGGGUUGCGGAAACAGCUUGGUUUGGAUCACAACAGCCAAGCCAUAUUCUUUGCCCUGGAGGGAGCUACCGAUCCAUCAAUCUAUGAGUCCCUUGUUGGGAAGUCACCGCAUUCUGUUUUUGACGCCCAGAAGCUGUUUUUGACCAAAGUCCUCUAG